CAAUCGCCGGCGAGUAUUUCUCGGUUUCCGUUUCGCCCUUCUUCCCUCUUCCCCCCAACCGAGAGCUCUCGGCAAAUUGGAAAAAAAAAAAAAACAAAACAAGAAAAGGCGAGAGGGAGAGAGGGGCGGCUAUCGGAACCUUCCUCCGCGAGGCUAUCUUCCGUCCACUGUCGGUGACCUGAACGCUCCCGGCAUCGAAUUCCGGUGGCCGGGCUGCCGGCGAAGCCUCCCGGCAAUGUGUCCCUUGCGCCUGAUCCUCGUCUUCCUCUCCGCCACCCUCGCCGGCUACUUCGCAUGGAAGACGGUCCGGUCACCUCCCCCUAACCCGAUCUUCGGCGACUCGUCCGAGAUCGAGGACUCCGUCGAUGGCGAUUCGAAGAAACGCCGACGCUUCGAUGCGAGAAAGGUGAUUGGAGAUGGGUUCUGGGUGUUUCUGGAUAUGGCCAGUGGGAGGUAUCUGUGGAGAGUGAUGAAGGGAAGGUGAGAAAGAGGAUGUGAAGGCAAUUGUUGUGGCUUUUGAAUCGUAAUCUAUUAUUGUUGUAUUAGAAUGCAGUUGAUAAUUGUUAGGAGUUGUUGCUUGGAAUAAUGUUUUUCCUUUUUGGUUUUAUUGUUUCUCAUGAUUUAUGUACCUUUUUUAUUUUGUUUGUGGAAUCUGUUUUAGUGUAUGAACUAAAAACCUGAUUUUAUGUUGAUGAUUCACAUGAUGAAUUUGUUUAA